CUUACACGGAGACUCUGAACGCCACAUUUUUCCAAGGAGCAGAGUUAAGGAUCAAGAUCGUAGAUGAAGAAUAACCGUCAUUAAUCAAGGUAUAUAGACAUUUUUAAUCGUGCGUUAUGAAUAUUUUAGAGAGGGGUGCAUGGUUUCGCUCUGUAAUAUAACAUUAUUUUUUUGGAGAAGGCCUGUUGGAAUUCCUUCACAGUAAAAGUUCUUAGCGGCGCUAAAAUGAGUACUGAGGUCAAACAGAGAAAAAAGACCCCAAAAACAAGUGACCAAGUUGCUGAAACGUCUGAUGCCAGUCAUAAAGACGAAGCGAAAAAAGCAAGUACACAAACUGGAAACUGCGCAGAAAAGAAACCAGCGCUGGACCCGAAAACAAUAAUGUGCUUAUUGUCGUUAGCGACGUGCGGAGCUCUGAGCUGGAUUGUGCUUCAGCAGAACGAGAAUUUUUCCGAAGUAGAAGCAAAGUACAAAUUUCUUCACGAUAAGACUGCAAGUCUUUUUAAUAUGGAGCAAGAACUUCUGAAAGUUUCUAAAAAGCUUGCCGCCUCUGAGGAUGACCUACAGGAGGCGCUCUCCACCGUCUCCCUGGCAAACAAACUUCAGCAGGACAUCUCCACUCUCCAUGCUGCUGUCAUGGCGAUGCAGGCAGAUGAAAACUCCGCCUCACGUGACCUGCAGAUGGUCAACGCCCACUUCCUCAACGUGACCGAGAAGUGGCAGGGACGUUUGGCGACCAUCACAUCGGAUCUGGAAGCCCUGAAAGCGGACUCACGAGAAGCUCACGCCGGAGCGACGAAACGGGUGAACGAGGCUGAGCGGAGAGCCCGGUCUCUGGAGGAGAGGUUGGAGGAACUUGAGGACAGCACAAAGAGGAACGCCCGCGCUCUGGAGCGUACAGAGGAAGAGGACGCCAAGCGAGUCCAGGAUCAGCUGGACUGGAAUACCAAGGAGAUCCACAAGCUCCAGGAUCAAAUCACCAGCUUGGCCAAAAAGGAGGCGGAGCUUAUUUCUCAGCUCCAGGAACACAUACCAAAGGUGCAGGAGUGUGAAGAACACCUGCCGCAGGUAGAGGAAGCGGUGCGCUCCAUCCUGAGGCUGGGAGUCGAUCUGAGCGGGGCUGAAAAAAGACUGGAAGAGGUUACGUUACAGGUGAUUGGAACAGAGGACAGCAUGCUGAAAGCGGUCAGUGAAAUCCUGGAACUCAGGCAGGACCUGGACACCCUGCAGGCUCAAAACAGCAUCCUCAAGAUGAAGAAUGAGCUGUCCAUCGUUAAAGAGGCUGUCCAUGAACUCACCAUGGUGUUGAGGGAAACCAGAGGUGAUGGCACCAUCGAGUCUGGAACUCUGGAGGAGAAAGGAUGGGACCAGGAGGAGGAGGAGAUGGAGGAGGAGGAAUGGGAAAAAUAUGACGAGGAUCUGCUGCUUCCUGAUGACCUCAUGGAGUGAUGUCACUGCUGUCGGAGAGCUCCGGAAAAGGAGUGUCUGAACGUUGGCUGUAAAACGUCAUGAAAGUUUCAGUGCUAAUGUUAUGUGAAACGUUUUUCUGUUUACACAUCCGACUUAAAGUAACCUAACGUCACCACAAACUGAACAGUCAAGAACAAGCGGACAGUUUAACGUUGAGUGACUGGUUUCGAUUUUUAAAGUAGCUUUUUUAUAAAGUGUUUGUUCAGUCAGUUGCAUGGACAGUGUAGAUAGUUUUCAAAAGAGUUUGUCGUCUUGGAAGACAAACUUUAUAAGGUACAGUAAACUAUUAAUGUUGUCCAGCCACCAGAUGGUGACUGCAGUGUUAUUCCAAAUACCACUGGGUCCGUAAGUAUUUGGACAGUAACAGUUUUUUGUGAUUUUGCUUCUGUAUGCGCCACCAAAAUGGCAUUGAAAUGAAACAAUGAGGAGCUUGUAGUCACAAAAUCAUUGCUGUAUUAAUUAUUUGGGUAUUGUUGCCAUUUUUAAUCAAUGAAGUUGGGGAACAUUAUGGCUUCACGCCAUCCAUCU